AAAAUCCACACAUUAUUUUUUUCAUCUUUCAAUGGACACCAAAACAUAACAACAAACAUAUCCAAAAAAAAAAAAACAAUGGCCACCAUUUUCUCAUCUCCACCACCCAUUUUCCCCUCCUCCACCACCACAACCACCACCGCCACGACCACCACCACAACCACCACCAUCUCAAAACCACUCAUCUCCUUCAAACACCAACACCCACUACUAACCACCACCUUAACAGCAACAGCCACAGCAGCAGCCAUAGCCACCAUUCUCACAACCUCACCCCCCUCCAUAGCAGCAGAAUCAUCACCCCCCUACAAUCUCUACUACGGAACCGCCGCCAGCGCCGCAAACUACGGCGGCUACGGCGGCAACUCCAACAAAAAAGACUCAGCCGAAUACAUCUACGACGUUCCAGAAGGCUGGAAAGAGCGUUUAAUCUCAAAGGUCGAGAAGGGUACAAAUGGAACAGACAGUGAGUUCUAUAACCCAAAGAAGAGAACAGAGAAAGAGUAUCUGACUUACCUUUCUGGGUUUCGCCAGUUAGCUCCAAAAGAUGCUGUUUUGAACAACUUGGCUCUCUCUGAUGUGAAUUUGCAGGAUAUUAUUGGUAGUGCUGAUAAUGUGAGUUCUGAAGAAGUGAAGGAUGAUAAGGGUCAGGUUUAUUAUGUUUAUGAGAUUGAUGGGGUUGGUUUUCAUAGCUUGAUUUCUGUUACUUGUGCUAAUAAUAAGCUUUAUGCUCAUUUUGUUAAUGCUCCUGCUCCUGAGUGGAAUAGAGAUAAGGAUGUUCUUACUCAUGUUCAUAAGUCUUUUAAGACUCUUGGGUAAUUGUUGUGUUUUUAAUGUAUAGAUAAUAUGGUUGGACAAUAAUGGAUAUUCUGUGAUGAUGAGAAUGGUGUUUUAUGGUUAAUUUGAUAUGAUUCUGUUGGUGGUGACUUCAGGGUUUCAUUUUCAGGCUCUUCUUUAGGUCAUUAAUUAUGUUUAUAGCCGAAUUAGAUCUCAACGUAAUGAUGACAUUCCUUUUGGUCACUUUUUUUCUACAAUUUUUCCUCUUCUUAAGUGAUAGGGCUAAGCGUUGUGAUCUUCUCCAUUUUCUAAAGAGAAAGUUCCAUUACUAAUAUUUAUAAUGACAAAUUCCAAAAA